CCUUUCGUUACGCACAGCUUACGUUACUCACGCACAACAUUCGCUCGCGUGUUGAACCAGUGAACGUUCCCAGUGUACACAUACAUAUUGUGCUGUAUUUACAUACUUUAAUAUUUCAUACAAAAGAUGGGUGAACCAUCAGGAUUGACCAAUAGUGAAACUCGUGAGCUUUGUAAGCCUCCAGAUCCAGCGACAAAUGGAUUUAUUAUGCAACAGACAAUGUACCGCAUCAAGGAUCCAAGAAAAUCUUUACCCUUCUAUACCGAAAUACUUGGUAUGACAUUGCUGCAAAAGCUUGAUUUUCCAGAAAUGAAGUUUUCUUUAUAUUUUCUUGGAUAUGAGAAUCAGAAAGAAAUACCAACUGAUAGAAGAGAGAGUAUUGAAUGGACAUUCAAUAGAAAAGCAACUAUAGAGCUAACUCAUAAUUGGGGGACAGAAACAGAUCCAGAUGCAAAAUAUCACAAUGGAAACUCAGAUCCUAGAGGAUUUGGUCACAUUGGAAUAGCAGUACCUGACGUUGAAAAAGCAUGUGAGAGGUUUGAAAAGUUAAAUGUGGAAUUCGUGAAGAAACCAAAUGAUGGCAAGAUGAAGGGACUUGCUUUCAUUAAAGAUCCUGAUGGUUACUGGAUUGAAAUCCUGAACGGUUCUAAUGUUGCCAAAACUAUGUUAGGUAUGGUAGAAGAAAAAUAUGAGAUCUCAAGCCGUAUUGAAUAUGAUGGAUAUCGGGGUACAUUAAAAUACGUCGGACCUGUGGGAAACACAAAGGGAGAGUGGUUAGGGAUAGAUUGGGACGAUUCGACUCGUGGCAAACACAAUGGCACAUAUGAAGGAAUAGAAUAUUUUCAAGCUAGACAUUCCACAUCAGUCUUUAUACGACCAGGCAAAGUGAAGUUUGGAAUAUCUUGUCCGCAAGCGAUCAAAAUGCGUUACGGAUUAAUUGAGGAUGAAUUAGCAGGCAUAGACAGGGACGAAGUGUCGAGUUUAAGGAAGGAAAUUAAUGCACCUUUCUUAGAUCUUGUCGGUUUCUCCAAAGUGAAUAAAAAGCAAAGUAAAUUUGAUCAGUUGAAAAUAGUAUGGCUCAGAGAACAGUGUGUAAGCAAUGCAGGAAGGCCAGAGGAGCUGAAAGAACUGUGUCCUAAUUUGGAAGAAUUAGAUAUAUCUAAAAACUUAAUAAAUUUGUGGAAAAUUGUAGCAGAGAUAUGCUCUCAGCUUCAUUCUCUUAUUCGUCUCAAUGUCAGUGAAAACUAUCUGCCCAUUGAAGAUGUGAUGGAACUGAAAGACUCAUUUUCAACAGUUAAGCACUUAACCAUAGCUAAAAUGAAUUAUAAUUGGUCUGAUAUUCAACAAUGUAUAUCAAUGUUUCCAUCGAUUGAAGAACUCUCAGUCUCUUUUAAUAUUGUCACGAUAAUAGAAGAAACAAUAACAAAUACUAAUAUAAUGAAAAUAGUUACAUUAAUACUUGAAGGAAAUUUAAUAUCAAGUUGGGAUGAGAUACUUAAACUAGGUUCCCUUCCAUGCUUAGAAUGCCUUAAUUUGAAUUCAAAUAAAAUAGAUAGAAUUAGAUUUCCAUUAACUUUGACAUCAAUGAACAAGACUGGACUUUUUCCUACUUUACGUCAACUAAAUAUUUCGGAAAAUCACAUAUCAGCGUGGCAAUCAAUUAAUGAAUUGGAUAAGUUGCCAAGUUUAGAAGACUUAAAAUUCAGAGAAAAUCCAAUCUUAAAAAAUGAAACAGUAGAGACUGCUCGACAGUUGAUAAUCGCAAGAAUAGCGAAAUUAAAAAUCUUAAAUGGUACAGAGAUACUUUCUGUCGAAAGGAGAGGUGCUGAAUAUGACUACUUAAAAUUAUAUCUACCAAAAUGGUUAGAAACAGAGAAUAGAUUAUCAUUUAUAAAUGAACAUCCACGAUAUUCUAUACUAGUCGAUAAAUAUGGGAUUGCAGAUAUUCCCUCAAUUAAGCCAAAAGUAGAAAUGGUUUCCAAUGUGAUAACAGUGGAGUUUGUAUGUCCAGAUGAUCCACAUCAGCCUAGAGGAAUUAAAAGGAAGCUGCUUAAAGAUAUGGAAGCAAAAAUGAUCGGACUUGCUCAGAGACUUUUUAAAACUGGUGGAAAAAUACCUGCUCUUUCAUUUAUUUCACAGGAUUUAUCAAAUGAUGAAAUUUCAUUGGAUAAACCAUUGCAAGAACUUAGUUAUUAUUCGAUACAAGAUGGUGAUCAAGUUCUUGUAAGAUGGUGAUAUCAGAUAAAUUAUUUAUAGAUGCAAUUGUAUUUUAUAUGCUGUUAAAGUUCGCUCUAUGAUACUUUGUUAUUAAACUUUUUUUUUAAUUUUCAUUGCAUUCUUAAUGAACCUUGCUAACAAUUUUGGAACUUGUGUGAGGUAAGCUUAUAUCAACAAAAGAAAUACGUACUAUUAAACUUAGAAAAGUGUAUACUUAUUAUCUUACAUUCUUACAAUGCAAUUAUGGUUAAAAGUACAAAUUAUAAAUAGGCAUUUGUACAAGCAAACAGCAUGAAAUAUAUUUUUUGUAAGUGGUGCA